AUCACCAUCUGUUGAAGCAGCGAGAAUGGAACCUGGAGUUGGUUGUCAUGCUGAAGGAUACAGCUCUGCUUGCUGUGAGCUUCAUCUGUCUUUUGAGGAGUCUCCUUUGUGACCACAGAUGUACAUGAAAGCGGACCCUUAAGAGAUACCUUCUCUUGGAAUAUUUGGAACCAACCACCAAGUAAGGCGUGUUGUUCAGUAGUUGCUUUUAAUUUUUGGGGCGACUUAGAUGCAGCAAUGGGGUGCUCUCCCUCAAAAGGAAAACUUUUUUCAAAACCAGAAAACACUAGAGACCACAAUCUGCCCGUGGUGCAGGACUCGCCUGAAAAUGUUACAAAGCCGGAGACCAAGGAGGAAAACAGACGCCCAGAUAUAAUACAAGAAACAUCGAGUCAAAGGACCAAGGAUGAGGAGUCAGGCAAACCGACAGAAGAACUGACUCCAGGAGAAGGUGAAAAGGAGCUUUUAAGGAAUGACAAGGCCACAAAGAUAGAAAAAAGAAAAAAGAAUAAACAUAAGCGAAGAUGCAGCAACAGGCACAGGAAGUCUUCCUUGAUUCAGCCAAAGUUUGAGUUUCCACCGCAGAUGGUUAGAGCUCACCAGGCAGCAUAUAGCUACCUGAACCCAAAUAUCUCCAAAUAUGAGACACUGUUGGGUUUGCUGGAUCAAGCAGCCCAAACCCAACUGAGCCUCCAGCCCAUGAUGUCUGCUCUGGUGAUGCGUUUUGAGGAGAUUAACCAGGCUCUGGAGGAGAUGGCCGAGGAAGGGGAGCUGAUGCUGAGGGAACAUGGGGAAUACAUGGCUUUUCCUUCUGGGAUGUUGCGCUCAGCUAUUCUGCCGGCUAAAUCAAAAACAGGGCAAAUGUAUCAUAUCGAUCCUCCGCCAGAUCUGUUGCAGCAACUCCUUCAGCACUCAACUGAGAAAAUGCGACUGGUUGGGGGUUCAGCUCGGGCACUCGGGGACACUACCCUUCAAGAGGCGACAGAUUACUACGCUUCACUUUCGAGAGUACUGGAUGAGAAGCUGCAGACAAAGCAGGCUGUCGAGCGAAGGUUGACCCUGGUGCUAGCACGGGUUGAGGUGGCCGCUAUGAGUAAGUCGAACCCGGAGGACACCGCUCUGCACAGUGAGGACAGUGGCAUCGGAGGGGAGAAUGAAAGUUUGACUGGUUCUGAAAGGCGCCACAGGGGGAGUGCUGGUUCUGGAAGCAGUGGCUCAGGGGUCCACCUUCGAAGUCCUUUAGGGAGUCCCCCGAACAAUUCAUCGAAUCUCGUCGAGGAUGACGAGGAGGAAGAAGAUGAGGAGGAGGAGGAGGAGGAUGAGGAUGAGAAUGGACUUCAAAGGAAACGAUCAAAUUCUUCGCCACCAGAUCCAUGCCACGCUAUUAUGUACAUGCGUGCAAAGUACAUCCAGCAGAUGAAACCCACGCUUAAGCGUCCGAUGACGGCAUCGACUCCAACCAAACCUGAGCUGCUCUCAUCGAGCAGAUGUGCGAACAUAGCAACAGAGCUGCAGAGAAGCCAGAGGGAACUGGAUCAGCGGAUCAAGCUGAUGGCUGAUAUGAAGGAGCUAGCCGGACCUCACUAUGACACUUACAGGUCCGGACUAAGACGAAAUUCACUCUGUGGUUUAGGAGCUGCUCCAAAACUCUUACCCAGGAAUGGUUCAUCGGGUACAGCACCGAUCUUAGCACCACUGCCACCAAGGCGCCAGUCUGUGAGAAGGCUGAUCAACACAUUCAGUCAGGGGGUAGAUGGUAGACCAGGACAGAGCCUUGCCAAUGUACCACAUCACAUAAGAGGACAGAGGAAAGUGCCUCUGAAUACAGAUGGGAACAAUGGAAACAACAAUAACAACAGCUGGCCUGACAGCAAGGAUGAUGUGGAUGUUGACAACCUUCCCCCACCUCCUCCAGAGGUGCUUAUGGAUGACUCAUUUCAGAGUAUGGCGGGAAUACAAGGUAACGGUGAGGGUCCUGUGGACGAUUCAGUCCUUCUUACAGUAACAAACCAAAAGCCAAUUGCUUCUCAGCGUUUAAGAGCCGGCAUUCAAAAUGUUGAGCUUCUUCCAAAUAGAGCCAAUGUGGGGCCAAGAUGCCAGCCAACAUCACUGACGCAGAAUGCAGAAGAUGACCUUCAUCUUGCUCAAGGUCGUAAAAUCAUACACCAGAAAAACGAGUCAAUAAACAAUGGAAACAUUGUAGAUGUCAGUCGAGUGAGCCCUGGACUUACUCACGAGGGAGUCAUGGCUCCAUCCCUGCCGGUAACAGCUCCACCGGUCUCACGCAUGAGACUCCCUCCAUCGUGUCCAGCUGUUCGCCACAGAUAUCCAAGCCCUCCUGUUUUCAGACCUCCUUCCCGACCAGGUUCUCCAAAGACACGUGCAGAUAGGAAUGAAGAAAUCUUUCCCUCUGUGUCAUUCAAAGACGCACGAUCAGUCUUCUGUCAGCGUGAGUCUCAGAACCCCUCAGGAGGAUUGGGGGCUCCCACGUCAUAUGGAGAAACUUCCAGAGGCCGGAUGCUUUCAAGAAGGACGGACAGCAGCGUUCGUCGCACCCAGUCUGCGCAACCGGCAAGCUCAACAUCCAGAAAACAACAUCCAUGACAAGAUCCAAUAAAUGCACAGCAGAAACACAAGGUGUCUCCUGGUUGGAUACAAGGGCCGCCGCAGUGAACAUGCUGGGAUGGAUCACAGGAGGAGUGGCGAUGUGGGUUGAAGAAGAUAAUCCAAAACUUUCUCGCCUCUCUAAUCCCUUCAAACUGGCUUUGUUUUGACUUUUUUUUCACGGUGCACUGUCCAUUUUUAACUCGCCAUAGUGGCAGUCCAUAAUGGAAGACAUGAUGACAUCACCCAUGCUCAUGUUGCCUCUGCCCUUAAUCUUUCAUCAAAAUAUAUUUGUGUCACUUGUUUCCUAACUGUAUUUCAGCCUCUGACAAAUAUCUGCUUUGCAUUGUGUUUGUGAUACACUGGCUGGUGUACGCCAGAGGGCGUGGGAUUGUGUUAGCACUCCUAGUGGUUUUGUCGGGCGAAUUGAAGUGAUAAAAGUUCUCUCACCUAACAGAAGGCAGAAAGAGUCUUUUGAUCUGAUGGUCGAAUCCCUCACAUCUGGAAUGAGUAGUUUAUAGUGUUUUGUUAUUGCUGUGACACUGAUUCAAUGCAUACACACAAUGGUUAGCAAAGACAUUUUUAUUAGGUUCUGUCACAGGGAUCAUUCCAGAAUUCCAGCAGUGAAACCAUUUAAAAUAGAUUUAAAUAAAGUGACCUACGUUGACCUGGAGAGCAGUUCAGUUCUGUCUCGCAGCAGCCUCUACCUCUUAUGAACUUAAUGAAGCAACUACAAAGUGACUUAUACAUGAAAGCAUCUUCGAAACAAUAAAGUGACAGACUUUACGUCUGUAUACAAGUGAUCUCAAAUUCAGGAGGGGUCCUGAAACAUUGAGGGAGUACAGUGAAAAGUAGAACAUUAAAUCAAAGUAACAUAUACCGCUCACUGAAUUAGUCACUGUUUACUGCUGCGUGUUAUACAUCUUUAUGAUCUAGGAAAUAACAUCUUCAAGGUUGGACCUAUGAAUCACUCUAAAAUGUUUUUGCAUUUGCUCAUUUUCGACACCUAGUCGGUCAUGUUUUUUCUACAAUUACUGUGUUUCAAAUAAAGUGUCAAUGCAA